CGCACCGUCGGAACGCUUUGCUCGCGGCGCUAUCUCUCUAUAAAGUUGUUGUUGCGGCUUCCGCCGCGGGUGGAGGAAGAUGGCGUCGGGUGGUGGUGGCUGUAGCGCUUCGGAGAGACUCCCUCCACCCUUCCCUGGCCUGGAGCCGGAGUCCGAGGGGGCGGCUGGGGGGUCAGAACUCGAGGCUGGGGACAGCGACACCGAGGGGGAGGACAUUUUCACCGGCGCCGCCGCGGCCAGUAAGCCCCAGUCUCCAAAGAGAACUACAUCCCUUCUUCCUAUCAACAAUGGCUCCAAAGAAAAUGGGAUCCAUGAGGAACAAGACCAGGAGCCACAGGACCUCUUUGCAGAUGCCACAGUGGAACUAUCCCUGGACAGCACACAAAAUAAUCAGAAGAAGCUGCCGAUCAAAACGCUCAUUUCUCUUCCUCCACAGGAAGCCACAAAUUCUUCUAAGCCCCAGCCAAGCUAUGAGGAGCUAGAGGAAGAGGAACAGGAGGACCAAUUUGAUUUGACAGUCGGUAUAACUGAUCCUGAAAAGAUAGGGGAUGGUAUGAAUGCGUAUGUGGCCUACAAAGUUACAACACAGACGAGCUUACCAAUGUUCAGAAGUAAACAGUUUGCAGUGAAAAGAAGAUUCAGUGACUUUCUGGGUCUUUAUGAGAAGCUUUCAGAGAAACACUCUCAGAAUGGCUUCAUUGUCCCUCCUCCGCCUGAGAAGAGCCUAAUAGGAAUGACAAAAGUGAAAGUUGGGAAGGAAGAUUCUUCUUCUGCAGAAUUUCUUGAAAAACGGAGGGCCGCUUUAGAAAGGUACCUUCAGAGGAUUGUGAAUCAUCCCACCAUGUUACAGGACCCUGAUGUCAGAGAGUUUUUAGAAAAAGAAGAGCUGCCACGUGCUGUGGGUACCCAGACACUGAGUGGUGCUGGUCUCCUCAAGAUGUUCAACAAAGCCACUGACGCAGUCAGCAAAAUGACCAUCAAGAUGAAUGAAUCAGACAUUUGGUUUGAGGAGAAGCUCCAGGAGGUAGAAUGUGAGGAGCAGCGCUUACGGAAACUGCAUGCUGUUGUAGAAACUCUAGUCAACCAUAGGAAAGAGCUAGCACUGAACACAGCCCAGUUUGCAAAGAGUCUAGCUAUGCUCGGGAGCUCUGAGGACAACACGGCAUUGUCACGGGCACUCUCCCAGCUGGCUGAGGUAGAAGAAAAAAUUGAGCAGCUCCACCAGGAACAGGCCAACAAUGACUUUUUCCUUCUUGCCGAGCUCCUGAGUGACUACAUUCGCCUCCUGGCCAUAGUCCGCGCUGCCUUCGACCAGCGCAUGAAGACAUGGCAGCGCUGGCAGGAUGCUCAAGCCACGCUGCAGAAGAAGCGGGAGGCUGAGGCUCGGCUGCUGUGGGCCAACAAGCCUGACAAGCUGCAGCAGGCCAAGGAUGAGAUCGUAGAGUGGGAGUCUCGGGUGACUCAGUAUGAAAGGGACUUUGAAAGGAUUUCAACAGUGGUCCGAAAAGAAGUGAUACGGUUUGAGAAAGAGAAAUCCAAGGACUUCAAAAACCACGUGAUCAAGUAUCUUGAGACACUCCUAUAUUCACAGCAACAGUCUUGUACCAUGGAACGCUGCGGAAUUAGGAGCGCCAGGUUUACUACCACACGUUUUACAGGGGUCCACACCAGGAUCUGGGAAGUUUCAGCUUCCUGAUUCUGGGGCCCUGUGCGGUGGAAUUUGGAAGAAGAAGGUGUGGGACAUAGUAUUGGUGAGACCUACUUGCCCCAUUUGGGAUCAUCCUCUCAGUCCUCCAGAGGCAGGGCUGGGAAUGGGGAGUUUCUGCUCCAGUUCAGAGGCACCUCUGCACUAGCGGGGGGGGGGGACCCCCCAACCCCAGCCCCUAAGACAGGCACUCUGCUUCCUCCUUCCCACCCCAAGAUCUCCCACUAGGUGUGAGCUCCUGAAAAGUAGGGUGUCCCCCUCUGCACCUCACAGGACCUUUGUGGGGGGAAGUUGUGGAGAAGAGGGCUCUUGCCACGGUGCUGUGGAUGGUAGCAGCGCCCCUAUAGCUGAGAGUGGGGGUUGAGAAGUGAGAGCAGAGGCCCUUCCCAACACAUGGGGUGCGAGAGUUCUGGACUAAAUUCUUGCCGCAUACCCAGGAAGCCCUUGCCCACAGGGGUGGACAAGAGCAGUCUGGUGCCACCAACCCACAGUACCUCUUCCCCAUUCACUGCCCUCUACCCCCCUAUCCUGUCCACCCUGGACAAGCCCACAAUCAGUCUGCCAUUUACACCUCUGCUAAGGGCUGAACAUGAAUCAUCUCAAUUUUUACACACUCUUCUGAAGGAGGCAUAUUAUCCCUAUUUUGCAGAUUAACAAAGGUCUACACCAGUGGUCCCCAACCUUUUUGGCACCAGGGAUAGGUUUCA